AUGCCAUUUCCAGCGUUCUCCAUCCGCAACCGCUUGCUGCAAUUGACACUCGUCGCCCUCUGUCUGACAUGUCUAUUGUGGUUUUCAAUACCCACAGGAUCAGGUCUUGCGCAGCGCUUACAACCCUCGGAACAAUGGCCCCCACCUAAGCCCAAUGUCCCUCUCCGACCGAAAAAGGCGCAUCCCAUCGACGAGCUCAUCGCCGGAGCCGACAAGCAGUACAAGUCUCUACUCGCGAAAGAGUCCAAAACCGUCGGUGAUGCAGCGGAAGCGUAUCGGCAGCGUCGUGGCCGUCAGCCACCACCGGGCUUCGAUGCGUGGUUCAAGUUUGCUUCGAACGCUUCGGCGCUCAUAGUGGAGGACUUCUUCGAUCGCAUAUACGAGGAUCUAGCACCUUUCUGGGCUGUACCUGCGAAGCAGAUACGUGAACAGGCGAACGACUUUGUGCACAAGGUUUCGGUCAGAGAUGGCAAGGCUACUGGGAAGACGGAUAUUGAUGAGAGGCCAUGGAUAAAUUUGUGGCAAGAUAUGGUGCAGAGUGUCGCGAAGCACUUGCCGGAUGUCGAUGUGCCGAUCAAUGUCAUGGACGAGAGUCGCAUUGUCGUGCCAUGGGAAGAGGUGGAUGGAUACAUGAAGAAGGAGAGCUUGAGUCGCAGGAUUGUUCCAGCACAAGAUUUGAAGACUGAGUUUGGUAACCUGAGAGACUUGGACAUGCACCCGCCAGAACCCUUCGAUCCGCGCUUCGACGGAGCCGGGCCAUAUUGGCCUCUAGCAGUGGUGGGUUGCCCACCGGAAAGCCCUGCGCGCAAAGGCUACUUCGAGACCGAUUUCACCCAGCCUCCACCUCUGUCGAACGAAUUCCCGGACAAGUCUUACAAGGGCUACGUACAAAAUUGGACUUACGCACAGUCGCCGUGCGAUCAUCCGGAAUGGCAGGGUCUGCACGGGACCUUCGUCGAGCCCAUUUCGAUCAGCAACACAAAGGAGUUCUUUCCACUGUUUGGCGGGUCCAAAUUGCCAAUGAAUAAUGAGAUUUUGCUUCCGGCUGCGAUGUACUGGACCGAGGAUCCAUUCUACUCUGGAGGUAAAGAGCACGGAUCAGAAUGGGAGAAGAAGAAGGACGCCUUGAUUUGGCGUGGCACGGCCAGCGGUGGAAGAAACAAAGAGGAGAACUGGACGCGCUUCCAACGGCAUCGCUUCAUUUCGAUGAUCAAUGCCACGGAAGUGAAGGCUGCGGUAGACAACCCAUCUGUCAAGCCGCGCAAUUUCGUGCUUCCGGGCAAGAGCACGUACGACCUGGCAGUCUUGGAGUCCGACGCUCCGCCGGAUGCAUUUAGCGAAUGGGUUUCUGCCUGGUCGGAUGCAGCAGCAGUCCACUUGCUCUGCUUUCCGGGCACGGGCUCCGCUUUCUGUCCAUAUACCGAUCCGUUCUUUCAGGUCAAAAAAGAGGUACCCAUGAAGGAGCAGUACCAAUACAAGUACUUGCCAGACAUCGACGGCAACUCUUUCAGCGGCCGCUACAGAGGGUUCCUCGGAAGUACAUCCCUGCCCAUCAAAGCGACGAUCUAUCAAGAGUGGCACGACAAUCGAUUGGUACCAUGGAAGCAUUUCGUGCCCAUGGAUAACACAUUCAUUGACAUCUUCGGUCUGAUGGAGUACUUUGUGGGAAAUGCGCAAGCCGGAGUCGAGGGCCACGAUGAGGAGGCAAAGAAGAUUGCGCUUGAGGGCAAGGAGUGGACGGAAAAGGUUCUGCGCAAAGAAGAUAUGUCGGUCUAUGUGCUGAGGCUGCUGUUAGAGUACGCUAGGUUGUGCGAAGAUGAUCGUGAAAAGAUGGGCUGGGCGGAGCAUACCACGAAGAAGUCGUUGCGGGGUAGCAAGGCUUCAUAA